AGUGUUUAGGAACCGAACUGGGAGGGGACGUUUGACUGACCAGUAACGAAGUGCGUGGUGUUGUGUACAUUUUUAUCGUUUCUUAACACAUGAACGGCAAUUUACACCGUGAACUGGUAGUAGUGGCAGGAACAAAAUAGGACAGUUUGCAUCUGAAUGCAAGCGGGGGCUGCGAGUGACUGAAUAGCGGCAGGUAGGGAGAGCUGUAUCGGUCAGCCAUGGGUUUCCGAAAGAAGAACAAGAGCCCGCCGGUGCUGAGCCACGAGUUCGUGAUCCAGAAUCACGCGGAUAUGGUUUCAUGUGUGGCUAUGAUAAUUCUCCUCGGCCUGAUGUUCGAGGUCACAGCCAAGUUUGCCAUCAUGUUCAUCACCAUUCAAUACAAUGUGACUCAAAGUCUUGAUGAGAGGGCUGAGCAAGUGAACCUGUACCAGUACGGUCCUAAAGACAUAGCCACUGUGUUCUUCUACCUGCUCAUAGCUGUCAUACUCCACGCCUUAAUACAGGAAUACAUUCUCGAUAAAAUGAAUAGGCGGUUGCACCUGUCGAAAACCAAACAUAGCAAGUUCAAUGAAUCGGGACAGCUUGCUGCCUUCUACUUAUUGUCCUUCAUCUGGGGCUGCAGCAUCUUAACAGCGGAGGAAUUUGCGACAAAUCCUACUUUCUUAUGGGAGGGCUACCCACACACCCACAUGGUACCGGAUCUCUGCCUGCCUGUAACCUGCCCUCUCUGCAGCUUUCAGGUGAAGUUCUUCUACAUUUGCCAAAUCGCAUACUGGCUCCAUGCCCUUCCGGAGCUGUACUUCCAGAAAGUGCGAAAGGAGGAUAUUCCCCGCCAGCUCUAUUACAUUUGUCUUUAUGUCUUCCACAUCACCGGUGCCUACAUCUUAAACCUCCACCGGCUGGGCCUGGUGCUGCUGGUACCUCACUACCUGGUGGAGCUCCUGUUCCACGCCUCACGCCUCUUCUACUUCAGUGACGAGAACAAGCAGAAGGGUUUCACUCUGUGGGCGCUACUUUUCGUCAUCGCUCGCCUCCUUACCCUCACCCUCUCCGUACUGACUUUUGGCUUCGGACUGCCCCGCGCAGAGAACCAGGGUUUCUCACUGGCAAAAGGCAACUUCAAUGUGCUUACCAUUAGGAUGACGUGCCUGGCUGCCAUUUGCCUGACCCAGGCCUGGAUGAUGUGGAAGUUCAUCAACUUCCAGUUGAAGAAGUGGAGGGAGCACAGCCAGAGCCAGGCCUCCAAGAAGAAGGCUUUCAGCCCAAAGAGCAAGCCCCACAAGAAGGACCUGGCCCGGGUAGGUUCUGCCAACGGUGUGGUGAAGUCCGAUGACAAGACGUCACCCCGUGCGAGAAAAGCCAAAGCCUCAUAGAGUUGGAGGGAGAGAAUGGAGGGAUGGAGCUAAGGAGAAGUUUUUUAUUUUAUUUUACCUUUUAUUUAACUAGGCAAGUCAGUUAAGAACAAAUUCUUAUUUUCAAUGACUGCCUAGGUGGGUUAACAGCCUGUUCAGGGGCAGGAUGACAGAUUUGUACCUUGUCAGCUCGGGGAUUUGAACUUGCAACCUUCCGGUUACUAGUCCAACGCCCUAACCACUAGGCUACCCUGCCGUGAGGGGGCUAUUCUCAAUGUGACAUUUUGUCUUUUCAUCACUUACAUUUUUUUUAUCUAUUCCCCAAAAGAACCUUAACUGUCUCUUUUGUGUUAGAACCUAUGUUUUAAUAGUUAUGUUUUUGUUUGUUUUGAUGACCUCAUAUGUUUGUGUUCAGUUGUUAUUUCUGUGGAUGGGAUGUAAGCAGGGCAGGGUGAACUGGUUAAAUGUUUUAAAGUAUGAAUCUGCUACCCGUGUGUGCCCCACCAGCUGCCCCACUGCUUGUGCUGUGUGUUCCUUUGAACGUAAACAUGGGGUUUGGCCCUAAGCCACUCUGGGCUGGCCUUUUGGACAAGGUCUGUCUGUGCUAAAUCUCUCCCACUCAAAUGAUGUUGCUUGGGAGAGCGGAAGUGGGAAGUAACUGGAUAGAUAAUUGGUCAAAAAGUCAUUUUUGGAGAGGAAUUAUCUGUAGCGAUUGCAUCCAGCUUCAGGGCCCUAGUCAAUCAAACUUUCCAACUGGAUUUCUGAGGAAGUCAAACAUUGCACUGUUCAAUUUUUACAGCAAGAGUGCAUGUCACGAUUCAUGUUGUCAACAUAACAUGUAAAAGAAGAAGUGUGUGAAACGUUGGACUAAAACUUUAUUUUACCUUAAUAUUGGUUUUGUAUAGGGACCUCACCAUUAACUCCUAAUGGUGUUCGUUUGAUGCCUGUAUUGAUUGUUACUUGCUUUUGCCAUAUGUAAUCUGUGCUAUUAUUGGAUUGAGGCACUGUUAGUAGUUAGUUAUUGAGUAGCCCCAUCUCACAGAUUGACCAACUCUCUAUCAGCCAUAUUCUGACUCAACUGGCCUUUAUCCAAAACUCCAUUACUGGAGAUACUUUCUUUAUCCAUAUGCAGACAGAACUAGAUCUCUUGAGAAAAUGAUGCGUUGAUGUACAGUACCAGUCAAAAGUUUGGACACACCUACUCAUGUCAUGGUUUUCUUUCUUUUUACUAUUUUCUGCAUUGUAGAAUAAUAGUGAAGACAUCAAAACCAUGAAAUAACACAU